AUCCAUCAAGUGGACCAGUCAAUGGUGGUACAUUGGUAACAAUAACUGGACGAUUUAUUGGGAAUGCUAAUGAUAAUGUUACUAUUGAUUUUAAUGGAGCACCAUGCCACAACGUAACAGUCCUGACACCAUACACUAGUUUGACAUGUGUUACUGGAAGCAAACAUGAAUCUGCGACAAACAUAUCUGUUUCAGUACAUAGUAAAAGAAGUGGUUCAAAUAACCUUUCCUUCACAUUUCAGACACCUACGAUUUCCAAUUUCUCCCCAAAAAAUGGUAUCCAAACAGGGAACACAACUGUAACAAUAACAGGUCACAAUAUCAGUUACGAAGGACAAAAUAGAUAUAAUAUUUCGUUUUAUGAUGAUACGACAAGUAUAGAAUGCAGGGCAAUUCAAAGUGAAUUUAAUUCAAAGAAAAUCAAGUGCAAAACUGGAAAAUCGAAUGUUUCGCGAAAUAUGAGUCGAUUGCAAGUUGUGAUUGAUGACCUGACUAUACUAAAUUUCACCGGAAUAUUUCAAUAUUUACCGGAUCCACAAUUUACUCUAUCAAAUGAAUCAAAGAAAGCACAACAGAGUGGAGGCGCAACAUUUACAAUUCGUGGUCAAGGCUUCAAUAAUGUAGGAGAGAUAACUGUUGACAGAGUGGAAAAACCUUGCGAUGUACCAGAAGAUACUUCAGCUGUGUGCGAAACGCCUACAAAAUUAGCAAAUCAGUCUAACAGUCAAACUGUUUAUGUUCGUUUUGACGGAGUGACUCUUCCGGUUACUAUAGAUUAUGUUGACGAUCCUACAUUUGAAAAGUUUCCAGAUGUAUACGAGUACGACAAAGAGUCUCCAAUCGAAAUCAAGGGUUCAAAUCUUCUAAAUGGAGCCAACCCUGGAGACUACAGUAUACAGAUCGGUUUGGAUGGAAAUUGUAUUGAUGUUAAAAUCACUAUGCAAUUAAUUACAUGUUUGCCACCAAAAUCAGUACCUCGAACUAAUCAUACAGAUGUAAAUACAGUUUAUGUUAUUGUGUUUGUUGGAAGACUCAAAGCAUACAUUGGUGACUUGAAAUAUCAAGAAGACGUAGAAAUAUUAGCCAUCAUAGUUGGUGUUCUAGCUGCGGCAUUGGUUACAGCUAUUAUCGUUGGUAUAUCUGCUGUAGUUUUGUUGAGGAGGAAAAAGAAAAGGGUUAUUAAAGAAUUCAAAAUGGAACUGAUGACUAGAGAAGAAAUGAUAAGAAAAGCAAGCAGAGAAGAAUUUGCUGAUGCUCAGAUGAAUAUAAGAGACAUUAAAUCGGACCUAGUUACAACACGAGUGCCAUUUUGUGACUAUCAAACUUAUGUUCUCCAUCUUCUUUUUCCGAACCAAGAUAUUAAAUCAAACCCGCUUCUACACGAUUCAGAGAUAACAGAUGACAAGAAAACCAGAAUUAAUAGUGCAAUGGAAAAAUUUGAAACAUUGUUGUCUAAGAAGCUUUUCUUGAAAUCACUUGUUCAAACAUUUGAUCGACCGAAUAUGCUGACAAUGCAAGAAAAGGCUCAAUUUUCGUCAGUUUUGUCGAUUUCAUUGCUUGGAAAUAUGAGACUCUACUUCGAAUUGGUUCAUUGUUUGCUGGUAGACCUUAUUCGGACCUCAACCAAAAAGAACCAAAAAAGUUUAUUGAGAAGAUUAGAUUCAAUAACCAUGAGAUUAGUGGUAAAUUGGUUACAGACAGGACUGUAUAAACAAUUGAAAUCACACAGUGGUAUGCAACUGUUCAUGUUAUACAAAGCAGUACAGACAAUUAUUGAAAUGGCACCAGUUGAUGCACUUACGGCUAAUUCGAAAAACACGAUUGCAGAGGAAAAACUACUUAAAAUGAGGAUUGAACAUCAAACUCUUACAUUACAAAUAGAUUUGAAUGGUAACAGUGAUCAGCAUUAUCCUGUUAAAGUUCUUGACUGUGAUACAAUAUCACAGGUGAAACAGAAAUGUUGUGCACAGAUUUAUAAGAAUAAACCUGCUUCGGAGAUUCCACAUAAUGAGGAACUUUCCUUAGAAUGGCAAGAAGGAAGAUCAGGCAAACUUACAUUGAAUGAUAUCGACAAUACGAGUGACAGAAAUAAUGGAUUGGUCUGUCUAAAUACCUUAAAACAUUAUAUGGUUAAGGACAACUGUAGAAUGGCCCUUAUGUACAAGCACAUUGGCGAAGAGGAUGUCUAUGCUAAUUCAUCAGGAGGUCGAACAGAAAGUGUAACAUCAGAGAAUAUUCAAUUACUGGUAUCUGGAAGUGAUGAAGGCGAGGAUACAGAAAUGCAAAAAUGGCACUUGGAAACCUGUUCGCCAAACCUUCCUGAUGACAUAAAGUCUAAUAAAGAAACUGAUUUUGGUGACAUAUUCUUAAAUAGAUUAUUCCAUACAAAGUUGCUUCUAUCCGACUACAUUGAUUCAACGUUUGAGGGGUUGAUAGACUCGCAAUCACUGUCAAUACCAAUUCGAUACUUCCUCUGCAUGUUAGACACGUUUGGAAACGACUAUAAAAUUGAGUCAGAUGUUUUACAAGCAUGGAAAAAUGAGUGUUAUGCUGCGCGAGUGUGGGCUCCGUUCAUUGCAAAACCAGAAAUAAUGUUUGAUGUUAAUGUACCUGGUCAUGUGGAACCAUGUUUGGACAUUCUAAGACAAGUGUUUGUAGAAAGCUUCACACAGACAGCUCACAAAGUGAACAAGGAGUCACCACCACAGAAACUGUUGUUUCAUAAAGAUAUACCAAGAUACAGGAAACUUAUCGCUCCUUUCUUCGUACGAGUAGAGCAAGUGAAUGAACAAGAAUUUUGGAGUGAAUUAGAAGAAAUAUCAAAUACGCAGAAAGAAGAAUUGAAGUUCAGUCGACAAGCUACUCUUCAUCAACUGUAUAAUUUGUUUAUUGGGAAGUAUAGAUCUGAUAUAAUUGAUGAUUUUGAGGACUUGGAGGAAAGUAAAACCCUUCAAUUCGCACAUAAACUUGAAGAAGUCAUAGAUUUAAUGGAGGAAUUUUCAAGCGAUUCUUAAAUAAAGGAAUAUGUCUCAUAUCACAGAAAGUAUACUACAUGUACUAUACAACAGAUUGUUAACAUCAAAUUCUUGGUUUUGUUUGGUUCAUUUUUUUAUAUAACAGAUAAAACAUUUCUGAUAUGCCUUUUAAACACGAAACGGACAAACAGAACAGAAGAGUUUCGUGUAUUCGUGAAUGUUAAAUACAAUGACAAGUGUAACUGACUGCUUACGAAUACAAGAAUACAUAAAUUUUGGUAACUUAUGCAUUGAUUUAACUGGUGUUCACAUAAUGUCGGAAAUAUAAGAUGCUUUCUUCUUUUACAUUUCAGGUAACGCAUGUCUUGUAUCAUACGUUAUUUCUUGUAGUCAACCUUCAUGACAUAUUUCUUAUAUUCACUCCAUUUCAUAUAUUUGCUAUUUAGCUAUUUUGUUUGAAAUUUCCUUGUAUUAUAUUGUUUUUGUAUAUUUACAUGUUCAUCAAAAUGUAUUUUGGUGUAUUAUUAAUACUUUAACAUACAUAAUUUUUAAACAAAAGUUAACACCUAGAUUUAAGCAGUUGAAUGUUUUCAUAGUCAAAUACAUAUCUGAUUUUGCCUUAUAAUAUGAUAACACAAUUUACUCGUUUUUCUUUGAGGAUUGAUUGACUCCAAAUGUUUUAAAAGUACAAAUACAGGUCAUCGUAUCAUAUUUAAGAGUAUACAUUUCUAGUUUAUUGGGAAAGAGGACACACACAUUUAACGUGUAGUAUUAGGUGGGUGUUUUUUUGUAUUUGUUUUUUUGAAAUACCGACUUAUGAUAUGUUAAACGGUAAACAAAUCAUUAUUACAACAGCUACAUCUGUUCUGAAAACAAAUAAUCUUUUAUAUACCUUAACUAUUUUUUAUUUUGUUGAUGCCAUACUUGUGACAUAUCUAGCAU